UGCAUUAACCAUAAUAAUAAUAUACUAAUCUUUCAGCAUCCCCACUAACCCCACUUUUUCUGUCUUCACUCCACAACUUGAAGCAGCUUUGAACUUUUGCACUUGUUUUUUUCACUCACAUGGGCAGCUACCGUGUCUGCGUCUGUUUCCAGCGGAAGUUCAAGACGGCGGAGGCGGUGGUGCCCCCUGAGGUCCGUGACUUCUUCCACAAGUACUCUGAUGGUGGGGCCCACAUGACCCCUGACCAGCUCCGGCGGUUCUUGUUGGAGGUUCAGGGUGAGGAGGUGGUGGUGGAGGAGACUCAAAAGGUGGUGGAGCAGGUGUUGAAGAAGCGCCAUCACAUUACCAAGUUUGCCAGGCACAGCCUCUCCCUUGAUGACUUUUAUCACUACCUCUUCUCCCCUGAACUCAAUCCCCCCAUUGGAUCUCAGGUUAAUCAGGAUAUGACUGCUCCUUUGUCUCAUUAUUUCAUAUAUACUGGCCACAACUCCUAUCUCACUGGAAAUCAACUCAGCAGUGAUUGUAGUGAUGUCCCCAUUAUAAAGGCAUUGAAGAGAGGCCUCAGAGUGGUAGAGCUUGAUAUAUGGCCCAGCUCUGAUGAAGAUGAUGUGCUUGUUUUGCAUGGAAGGACAUUGACAACUCCUGUGGACUUCAUCAAAUGUUUGAAAUCCAUUAAAGAACAUGCUUUCUCUGCAUCUCCCUACCCAAUUAUAAUAACUCUGGAAGAUCAUCUCACACCAGAGCUUCAAGCUAAAGCUGCUCAGAUGAUUACUCAAACAUUUGGAGACAUGUUGUUCUGUCUGGCUCAUGAAAAUUUAGAAGAAUUUCCUUCACCUGAAGAGUUGAAGUAUCGCAUCAUAAUAUCGACCAAACCUCCAAAGGAGUACCUAAAAUCUAAAAGUGUGAGAGAGAAUUCCAAAAAUUCGCUGAGAUCAAAGGAUUCUGAUGAAGAUGAAUGGGGAAACGAGGGAACUGAUGUUGCAAAAGCACAAAAUGAAGAUGAUAAGGGUGACUCUGAUACAAAUCAACUGAGUGAUGAUGAUGAAUCAAGUGAUGAUGACUCUGAAACAAAUGAGGAGAGUGAUUAUAAGCGUCUAAUUGCUAUUCAUGCUGGAAAACCCAAGGGUGGUUUGAAGGAAGCCUUAAAAGUUAUAGAUGGAAAAGUUAGACGCCUUAGCUUAAGUGAACAAGCCCUUGAAAAGGCUGCAGAGCCACUUGGAACUGAUCUUAUCAGAUUCACCCAGCAGAAUUUUUUGAGGGUGUACCCCAAGGGUACGCGGUUCAACUCUUCCAACUACAAGCCACAGGUUGGAUGGAUACAUGGGGCUCAAAUGGUUGCAUUCAAUAUGCAGGGAUAUGGCAAAAACCUUUGGUUGAUGCAUGGAAUGUUUAGAUCCAAUGGUGGAUGUGGUUAUGUCAAAAAACCAGACUUUCUUAUGAAUGUAGGACCAAAUCAUGAGGUAUUCAAUCCUGAAGAUGAGCUGCAAGUGAAGAAGACUCUAAAGGUGAAAAUAUAUCUGGGAGAUGGAUGGCGCAUGGAUUUCAAACAAACUCACUUUGACUCUUAUUCUCCACCAGAUUUUUAUGCCAGGGUUGGUAUAGCUGGAGUGCCAGCUGAUGUAAGAAUGAAGAAAACAAAGAUCAUAGAGGAUAAUUGGAUACCGUAUUGGGAAGAAGAGUUCACCUUCCCUUUAACUGUCCCUGAACUUGCUUUGCUCAGAGUGGAAGUGCAUGAAUAUGACAUGUCUGAGACCGAUGAUUUCGGAGGCCAAACUUGUUUACCCGUCACUGAACUGAAGCAAGGGAUUCGUGCAGUUCCACUUUAUGAUCGUAAAGGAGAGAAAUACAAUUCAGUUAGGCUUCUUAUGCGAUUUGAGUUUAUUUAAGCUGUUCUUUUGUACUUGCUUAUAUUGUUUUUUUUUACUGUAAAUAAGAAUGCUGCAUCUUGCUUUCCAUGUUAACUUUGCUUUUGCUUGGUUGGUUUUGGCCUAAACUUUCAAAAGAUGUAUAUGUUUGAUAACAUUGUUUAUUUGAUUCUGUAAAUAAACAGAAAAUAAUAGUAGAAUUGGGUAAGACAUCAUGUCUAAACUCAUUAAUGUAAUUACGACCUUGUAGUGAAGACUACCUUCUUAUUUGACA